AUGGCUAGCUCGGAAUCUCAAGUCGGUCAAAGUCAAGGCGGCUCGAUGGCUAAAAUGGUCCUAGUCGCGUCUAUAGCAGCCGGAGUUCAGUUCGGGUGGGCCCUACAGCUGUCCCUCCUAACGCCGUACACUCAACUUCUGGGCGUGGCCCACCAGUGGGCCGCUAUCAUCUGGCUAUGUGGGCCGAUAUCAGGCCUACUGGUCCAGCCCAUCGUCGGCUACUUCAGCGACAAAAUUGGGAAGCGUCGGCCGUUUAUUGCUGUUGGGGCGUGCCUCGUGACGGUGGCGGUUUUCUUGAUCGGUUUUGCGGCCGAUAUGGGGUAUGCGUUGGGCGACUCGCUCGAGAAGACUCCGAAGCCGAAGGCUCUCCUCAUUUUCGUGAUCGGGUUUUGGAUGCUCGAUGUCGCGAACAACAUGUUGCAGGGGCCAUGCAGGGCUUUGCUGGCCGACCUAUCUAACGGAAACGAACAAAAAAUAAGCACCGGUAACGCACUCUUCUCCUUCUUCAUGGCCGUCGGGAACGUGCUCGGCUACGCGGCUGGCUCCUACACCAAACUCCACCAAAUAUUCCCCUUCUCCAAGACCACGGCUUGCAACGUCUAUUGCGCCAACCUCAAGAGUUGCUUCAUCAUCUCGGCUGCCCUCCUAUUGACUCUCACCAUCAUCUCCCUCACCUUCGUCCGCGAUGUCGCCGCCACCAACAAGGCGGCCACCGACGAGGCAGCAGCCACCGCCGAAGGAGGCAACGGCAAGAAGUUCAACAUCCUCGGAGCCCUCAAGAAUUUGCCGAGGCCAAUGUGGAUACUAAUGCUCGUCACUUGCCUCAAUUGGGUCGCGUGGUUUCCUUUCCUCCUUUUCGACACCGAUUGGAUGGGCCGGGAGGUAUACGGAGGCGAGGUCGGCGACAGGGUUUACGACCGUGGGGUCCGCGCGGGCGCGUUGGGAUUGAUGCUAAACUCGGUUGUUUUGGGCUUUUCGUCGCUAGGCGUGCAAGCAUUAGCGAGUGGACUCGGUCGAGUCAAGAAGAUGUGGGGUGGGGUCAACUUUGUGCUAGCCGUGUGCUUGGGGAUGACGGUUUUGGUGACGAAGCUCGCAGAGCACGCACGGGAGGCCGCGGGUGGGUUCCUCGAGGUCCCGCCGGUGGGCGUGAAGGCUGGGUCGUUGGCCAUUUUCGCGGUUCUUGGUGUUCCUCUAUCGGUGACAUUUAGCCUUCCAUUUGCUCUGGCAUCCAUAUACUCCAAUGGCAAUGGUGCUGGACAAGGUUUGUCUCUCGGACUUUUGAAUCUUGCAAUCGUCAUACCGCAGAUGAUAGUUUCCGUGUCGAGUGGGCCAUUGGAUGAGGCAUUUGGUGGCGGAAACCUACCGGCAUUCGUGAUGGGAGCGGUGGCUGCCGCCAUUAGUGCAGUUUUGGCGCUCACGGUGCUGCCGUCCGUGUCGUCUAAAGAUUCGCCGGCCAAGAUUUCAAUCACCGGAGGAUCUCACUAG